UGGGUGUUUAUUUGGAAUGAAAAGUGAAGUUUCCCUUUAUUUUUUAAUUGACAGAACCUUAUAUACACUUUUACCGAAAUAGAGAUACAAAUUAUGGAUGAAGACUUUGUAAUUCCCUUGUGUAAGGACGAUUUAUUGAGCAGUGAAAAAGGAUCUUACGUUGUGGACGAAGUUCUCUCAGUGCGUGUUCUUCCGAACAAACUUCGAGAAUGCUUGUCUGAUCUUCGAUCUGGUGUACCCACUGCCAUCGUCCAAAACUUUGACUGCUUGUUCAGUCUUUUGAGACAUUUUAAUGAAGUGGACAGUUCUCUUCGAGAAAGCACUUGGAAUAUAUUGCUUGAAGUUCUCUGCCAGUUCACAAAUGUACUUCCAGAAAUUUUAGAAGAUGGAGACAUUGAUUUUCAAGUUAGAAGGACACAUCUCAAUACUCUUAAGAUGUUGUGCUACUUAAUAGUGCAGUUGGCAGAUGCAUUUGAAGUAGAGGCCACCAAGCCUUCCACUGAGGUCAUAGUCUCUGGAAAGCGGAAGGGAAAGGCCACCAAUUCAAAGAAAAAGACAUCAUCUUCUUGGGAGUGGGAAGAACAGCGUGACAUUCUGAUUCAAACCUUAGGACAACUGAUGCAGCUUGAUGUAAACAGACUGUGGGAUCCACCCAUUAUAGAAGAAGAAUUUGUCAAUUUAGUCACUGGCUGUUGCUAUAAAUUCCUGGAGAACCCAACAUCUGUUAAGAAUGGAACAACGAAAGAUCUGAUCUUUAAUCUCCUGGGAGUAAUGGUGAAGAAAUAUAACUAUGGUUUAGGCAUCAGUCUGAAGAUUGUUCAGCUUUUACAACACUUUGAGCAUCUUGUCCAGCCACUGGCUCAGGCUGUACAAACAUUUGUUGACGAGUUUUCUAUUAAAGGUGUUGUCUCUGAAGUUAUAAGAGAGAUUGGUCGCAUGGAUCCAAGAGAUCUGGCACGAGACACCAGUGGCACACGUGCUUAUGCGGACUUCCUUGUAGAACUUGCUGGUCGGGUCCCAAGUCAGAUCAUCCCCAACAUCAGUGUACUACUUUGUCACCUGGAUGGAGAGUCUUAUUCAAUGCGGAAUGGUAUCCUUGCCUUGAUGGGUGAAAUUGUCAUCAAAGUCCUUUCCAAGGAAGAUCUUGAUGAUGCUGCCAAGAAACUUAGAGAUCAACUGCUAGACAAAAUGGAGGACCACAUUCAUGAUGUCAAUGCUUACGUAAGAAGUAAAGCCCUCCACAUUUGGCUUGAGCUUUGUAAAAAAGAGGCAAUUCCCCUUUCACGCCAGCCUCACCUUCUGGAACUAGUGAUAAAUCGUCUUCAAGAUAAAUCUAGUAUUGUGCGCAAAAAUGCUAUUCAGCUUCUGAAAACAUUUCUCAUUUGCAAUCCCUUUGGGGCACAGUUACCUUUGGAUCAUUUGCGACAGAACUUAUCAAAAGAAACUGCAAAACUAAAGGAAAUGGCUCCACAGUUAUGUGAGGAACAUGAUGGCCAAGUGCCUGCUGUCCUUGAAGUUGAGGAUGUCAAGAAAAUCUGGGAGGCCAUUAAACCUGAAGUGCAAGCCACUAUUGAGGAAUAUCUUGAUCUGGAGGAGAUUAUUGAUGAAGGAGAUGGUGCAGUGGAGUUUCAAGGAGAUCAGGAAUCUGCUCUGGAAUGUGCACUAAAGCAGAUUAGAGGUCAUCUUCACAAAGGUCAUCAUAAGAAAGCCCUUGCAGUACUGAAGGCUGCUAUGGUUACUUGGCCAGAGUACACAAUGUUUGUCCGUGCUGAAAGGAAUCCAGAGCUGCAGGAAGAUGAAGAAAGGUACUGGUAUGAGAAUGAUUGUGCUCCCUUCAAGAGAUCAGCUGAAGAGCAGCUGUCAAUCAUGCAGGCAGUAUUUCUGGCUGGCGACAACGAAGAACCUACACCUCAUGUUGAAGGCAAAGACAUUGAUCCUACCGAACUUCUCGAAGUUUCCGCUGAGCAUGAAAACCGUGAUACGUCAGCGGAAAGGCCUAACAAUGGAUUGGUUAAUGAAAUCACCAAACAACAGAUGGUGGUUCAGUUUCUGAAGGAUUACGUACAUUUUCAAACCCAAAUGGAGAGAGCCAUCCCUACCUUGUGUCAACUUCUCGGCUCCAAAAGCAUCACGGAUGUGAAUGAGUCUAUCGAAUUCUUUGUGGUCGCCUCUGAGUUUGGCUUGCAGUCUGCUAUUAUUGGCGUGCGAAGGAUGCUGGUACUGAUUUGGUCGCGUGAUACAGCCGUUCGGGAUGCUGUGGUGGAGGCGUACAAAGGCUUGUACUUGGACCCAGAGGCGCCAAAUGCCAGAACUAAAACAGCAUUAAUUGUGAAAAACCUGAUCACUCUUACUCAAGGUGCUUCAAUGGGUGAUUUGACUUCUCUUGAGGAGCUGAUGAGUGAGUUGAUGAAAGGAAAACUUAUUCCUGUUGCCGUUAUAAAAUUACUGUGGGAGAAAUUCACCAUGAAGGAUCCACAGACCACUCAAGAGGAAAGUAGAAUGGCGUUAGUUCUUUUGGGAAUGUUGGCAGGAGCUGAGAUGGACAUAGUUCGUACUAACAUUGACGUGCUGGUCGCAACGGGCCUGGGACCAAGAGCUGAAGAGGACUUUCUCUUGGCACGUGACACCUGCGUGGCUUUAUUAAAACUUGGCCAAACCCAUAAGAAACCCGGCUGCAGUGCAGCAGAACCAUUCCGACUUCCUCCCAAGCACACGAUAUUUGAACGGCUCACAGAAAUACUAGUAUCAGGUGUUUGCAAGCUUGAUCAACUGGUUUGGACUCCGUUAAUGGAAAAAGCAAUAACUGUGAUUUAUGUCCUUGCUGAACAUCCUGAAACAAUCGCAGAGAAUGUUAUCAAGAAAAUAGCAGCUUGUUUACUGGAUAAAACUACACAAGAUAAGGAGGAACCACGGAACAAUCAGAACGAUUCUGUAGAAAGCAACUCUGAUACAGACAGACACGCCGGAAAUUCUCCAGCCACGUGCCAGGCUGGUAUUUUGGCGCGAUUCUUCAGCUUGUCUGGUCACGUGGCCUUGCGUCACAUGGUUCAUUUGGAUGUGGGAGUCCUGGGGGAAAUCAAACGACGACAGGUGAUCGAAGAGAAUGAUAAGGAGAAAGAGAAACAGGCUAAGAAGACGAGAGGAGCUGGGAGCGAGUGCACUGCUAAUUCCACAAAGGAUCCAGGUGCGUCAGAGACGAUCGAGGAGGAACUGGGGCUGACUGGGGCCACAGCCGAUGACGUGGAGACGGAAUAUGUGAGAAAAAUCUGUGAACACGAGAUUGUUACUGGUGGUACGCUACUGGCCACCUUGCGCCCACUGUUAGUGCAUGUCUGCAGUAAUCCUGUAAAGUUCAGUGAUACAAACUUGCGAGCCGCUGCGUCAUUAGCUCUUGCUAAAUUCAUGUUGGUCAGCUCUGAGUUUUGCGAAGAGCAUCUCCAACUUCUGUUCACGAUUCUAGAAAAGGCUCCACAAGCCACUAUCAGAGCAAACACCAUAGUUGCCGUUGGUGACCUGACGUUUAGGUUUCCUAACCUGAUUGAGCCAUGGACACCUCAUCUGUACGCCAGAUUGCGCGAUGAGUCUAGCCACGUGCGUAAGAACACGCUGAUGGUGCUCACGCAUCUAAUUCUGAAUGACAUGGUCAAGGUCAAAGGUCAGAUCAGUGAGAUGGCCACGUGUUUAGAGGACAAAGACAGUAGAAUAUCCGAUCUGGCCAAACUGUUCUUUUUGGAAUUGUCCAAAAAGGGCAACGCUAUCUACAAUAUUCUACCAGACGUGAUUAGUCGUUUAUCAGACCCCGACUGUGGUACUGAAGAGGAACCUUUCAGAAACAUCAUGAGGUACUUGUUGUCCUUUAUCCAGAAAGAUCGUCAGUCUGAGAGCCUUGUGGAGAAACUGUGUCACAGAUUCAGAGCAACUAAGACCGAUCGUCAGUGGCGUGACCUCGCCUUUUGUCUGUCCAUGCUGUCGUACAACGAACGAGGAAUCCGCAAAUUGCAGGAGAACUUCUCUUGCUUCCACGAUAAACUGGCCGAGGAAGAUGUGUACCACUCCUUCCUGAACAUUGUCGGGAAAAGCAAGAAGUUUGCCAAACCAGAAGUGAAGGCUCUAGUGGAUGAAUUGGAACAGCGCAUUAACUUUUGUCACACAAAGGGAAUGGAAGACGAGGAGGACUAUGAACGAGCUUCCAAAGCCGUAGGAGCGGCAACGGGAAACAAACCUAAAAAGAGUGCAGCUACCCCUGCAGCGAAGACAAGCCGAGGCCCUAAAGGUCGCACGCCAGGUACCAAAAAACGGCAACCAAAAACUGUCGACGACAGUGACGUUGAAGAUCCGAGUCCCAUGCCCUUCAAGACCCCUCGCAGUGUUGCUCGACCGCCGAAGGCUGGAAAAGAAAAAUCUACCAAUCAGAAACGGCGAAAAAUGCCUUCGUUUGAAAGCGACGAGGACGAUAGCAUAGAGUUAUUUGACGUCGGCGAAGAGGAAGAGGAUUGCCAGAGAGGAAUUGAUUGGAAUGACGAGGAAAAUGUCAAUCCAAAUGUAACGAGUAAAAAUAAAGCAAACGACGCCAUAUCGAAGAAGGGAAGAAUCAACUCGCAAAGAAAAUCAAACCGAAGGCGUGUUAGUAGCACGUGACAAGCUUACUUGUCAAACUGGCUGUACGUAUGGUUUAUCUUAUUAUUCUUGAGUGAUUUCAUUAGCCCGAAAUGUAAAUUAAGGGACUGUUUUAACUUACUGUGUGAAUCAGUUUUAGCAGCAUCGAACUCGUAGCUUUAUGGUAUUGUUUUGGGGGAAAAUCAACUCAGAAUACAAUGAAUCUUUUAUCGACAAGGGGCUCUGUGAUAACUAAGAGAAAUAAAGAUAUUUUAAACUUAUGAAAAGGAGCUUGUUCAUCGUUUUUUAGAGAAUAUAGAGUUGUUGGUGUAAGUUUGAUUUCGUGUUACUCAUUUUUUAGUGAAUUAAACUUAAAAGUUUCGUGAGACUUUUAUUUUCCAUUAUACGUUAAAGCCUGUACAUAAACAUUUUUUCUAAUUUCUAGCAAUAAAAGACUUAAGUA